UGUCAUUGACAGGCGCAGGCUGAGGGGCUGUAGAGCUCCUUCCAGAUGAGCCCAGCAGUGAUUGGCAGGAGGAUGCGGCUGCUGGUGCGGUUCGGCAGCAGACUGCUUCCUGCGGCUCCUAAAUUACCUGCUAGGGGGGCAGCAAGUGGGAAUACGCGGACCCAUAGUGUAUGCGCCUCUGCUCCAGGACACUGGGCGCCACCUAGCGGACAUGACACGGGAAUCCGGGUGUACAACAGCCUGAGCAGGAGGAAGGAGCCCCUAAUACUGCAGAACCCGUCCAUGGCAACAUGGUAUAGCUGUGGACCAACAGUGUAUGAUCACUCGCACUUGGGACAUGCAUGUUCAUAUGUUCGGUUUGACAACAUUCACAGAAUUUUAACCAAAGUCUUUGGGAUUGAUGUUGUCAUGGUGAUGGUGAUUACAGAUAUUGAUGACAAAAUAAUCAAGAGAGCCAAUGAGCUGGAUAUAUCCCCAGUGGCACUGGCUCGUAUUUAUGAACAGGAGUUUAAACAGGACAUGGCGGCGUUGAAGGUCCUCCCUCCCACUCUAUAUAUGAGAGUUACUGAGCACAUUCCACAAAUCAUAUCUUUUAUACAGCAAAUUGUGGCCAAUGGGCAUGCCUACACAACCCCUGAAGGGAAUGUUUAUUUUGAUGUCGAGUCAAUCGGAGGAAGAUACGGGAAAUUUCCGGGUGCAUUAGCCAGUGGCGGAAAUGAUUCAGUUACAAGUGAUAAACGACAAACCCGAGACUUUGCCUUGUGGAAGUCAUCAAAACCUGCAGAGCCGUUCUGGGUUUCUCCUUGGGGUAAUGGAAGACCUGGUUGGCACAUUGAAUGCUCCACAAUUGCAAGUUCCGUGUUUGGGAAGCAUCUUGACAUUCACACGGGAGGGAUCGAUCUAGCAUUCCCGCAUCAUGAAAACGAGAUUGCCCAAUGUGAGGCUUAUCAUCAGAGCACGGGAUGGGGGAAUUAUUUCCUUCACUCAGGACAUUUACAUUUGAAGGGAAAUGAAGAAAAAAUGUCAAAGUCCUUGAAAAACUACAUCACUGUUAAGGAGUAUUUAAAGUCAUUUUCUCCUGACCAGUUCAGAAUGUUCUGUCUGCGUUCCAGAUAUCAAUCAGCCGUGGAGUACAGCAAGGAAUCCAUGCAGGACUCAAUAACUACCCUGCAGACUAUCUCCUCUUUUCUUAAUGAUGCACGCUCUUAUGUGAAAGGCCAGCUGAUGUGCCAGCCUGUACAAGAAGCCAUACUAUGGGAAAGCCUGAAUGAAACAAAAGUAAAUGUUAAGGCUGCGUUUGCUGAUGACUUUGACACCCCACGAGCUGUCGAUGCAGUUAUGGACCUCAUUCACCAUGGCAACAGACAGCUUAAGGCUGUUUCCAAGGACAGUUACGCUCCUCGAAGCACUCUGGUAUACGCUGCCAUAGUCUCUUACAUCGAGCAGUUUUUGGACACAAUGGGAAUUUCCUUUAAACACAAACCGGUGGCUACGGAAGACAAUAGUUCUGCCCUUCUUGAAAACGUGUUAGAAGAGCUUGUAACCUUUAGAAGCAAGGUGCGCAGCUAUGCCAUCAGUACAGAUGACGCUGUGACUGAGACAGAAGCAGCCAUGCUGUCUCUGGAAGAAAGACAGAGAUGGAAGGAGAGGAGAAGAAAGAUACUGAAGGAAAAACAGCCUCUGUUACAGGCCUGUGAUGCUUUACGCCAAGAUCUUGCUGGCUUUGGGGUUAAUAUUAAGGACAGAGGCAAUGUUUCUACGUGGGAACUAGAUGACCAGAAAGAGAAUCUCUGAAAUUAUGUAAAUGUACACUUUAUAAGUGGCUAUAAAGUUAUCUGUUCAAAA